AGGCCAGCUUAACGCAAAAAACCAGACAACAUCUCCUGCUCAUCAAAGCUUGGUCCUAUAAAUCCUUCACCUGGCCAUUCCUCUUCAUCACGCUCCCUCUCUGGUACAAAUUUGAGAAGAUGGGUGUGGUCACUUUUGCGCACGAGCUAGAAUCCCCGGUCGCUCCGGACCGCCUCUUCAGAGCCUUGAUGCUUGAUGCGCACACGCUAUUCCCUAUGCUUAUGCCUCAGUACAUCCAGAGCAUUGACCUUAUCCAAGGUGAUGGAGGUGUCGGAAGUGUCAAGCAAACCAACUUCUCUCAAGGAAGCUUGCUUAAAUAUGCGAAGCAUCGGAUGGACGCGCUGGACGCGGACAACUUCCGCUGCAAGUAUACUCUGAUCGAAGGGGACAUACUCAGCGACGGCCUGAAGUCUGUGGUGUACGAGGUCGAGUUCUUCGAUGAUGGGAAUGGCGGGUCCAUCUGUAGGAUGACGAGCGACUAUUGUUCGGACCGGGACAUCGAGUUCAGAGACGAGGACAUAGAGGCCGGUAAGGAUAGAGCAAUGGAGUUGUACAGGGCUGUCGAGGCCUACUUGUUGGCGAAUCCUUCUGCUUGCACUUAGUUUUGCUCUCAUGGGGACCUUCUCGCUUGUUAGCUCUUGAAUGUAGACUUAAAUUGGCCCUUAUGAGAGACUAUAGUGAAUUCUGUUGCUGAACCCGAAAGGUCUCUAAUUUCGAGGUGGACGACCGAAUGUCUGGUUAGACAUCCGUGGAACAAAUUUGAAACUUGAUAUUACCAGAUUUCAGGUGCUCCCCC